AUAAAACCUGCAAUCGCUAGUUGAUUAGUCAUUAGUCGUCUUCGAGCAAAAGAGAACAGUUACCGUUGAUCAAAGAUGAACUUGAAAAUAGAAAUCCUAGUAUUUGCAACGCUUGCUGCAGCAAUCGACGGUCAACUGCUCUGCUACUACUGUGAUGACUGUAACUCGUCUGAGCCUGCCAUAGAACCAUGCGGUCGCUCAGACGUGUCUACACCGGCACUGACUCUUGCCCCCGGAGGCGAUGGAGGUGGUGGCAUUACGAAUCCAUCGAAUGGCCUGCAAACCACCCCCGGUCUGACGCAGGGUUGGAUCAACGACGGUGGGGUCAUCCUCACCACACAGUGGACCGGAAUGACUUCAUCGCAAAUAGUGACCGGUGGGUCCAACGGCGGAGGAGUCGUCAUGACCACAAUGUGGCCGGGCAUGCUUGAAGGAUCCAGCUCAAACAAUAACGGUGGAAUUGUUUUAACUACGUCUUGGAAACGGGCUGACUUAGAAGCAAAUGCUGAUGAAUACGCAUGCGUGACAAUGAAAUCGACCGUCAAAGAUCAUGAGGUGAUCAGGCGAGGAUGCGUACGACAAGCUCGUAGCAAAGGUGAAACCUGCAACGGAAUAAGUGAAGGAAAUUAUGAGCAGUGUACGCUAUGUACGUCACCACUGUGCAAUAACGGCAACUAAUCUUCCUUAAUGUAUAUUAUAUAAUAAUCAUAUAAUGUUAUACCCAAUAAAUUAUUAACCUGAAA